UUCUGCCCCAUUUCCCGUCUUCCCUUCCCGUACUUGCACGAAGGGGAACAAGGUCGCGAAAAAAGGACUUUGGGUGUUAGCGCCAUUUUUUCCGCUUUCAGUUUAUGCCCGUUUCUCAGGGCUUUCAACAGCAAAAUGUGGGGACGGAGCAUUCGGAGGUUCACAACCUCCGUGGUCCGUAGGAGCCACUAUGAGGAAGGUCCAGGGAAGAAUUUGCCAUUUUCGGUGGAAAACAAGUGGCGGUUACUAGCUAUGAUGACUCUGUACUUUGGAUCUGGAUUUGCUGCACCUUUUUUUAUAGUAAGACACCAGCUGCUUAAAAAAUAAGGAUCCAUGAAACAGAUACGAAGACGAGCAUUUUAGGAGGUGCAGUCUCUGAAAAAUGGAUCAAACUGUUGAACUCAACAUACUAGAUGUAUUUGUAAAUAAACUAAUGGCAUGAAUCCUUAAUGCCUCUUCUCUGAAAUACAAAA